AUGGUACCUGAACGCAUCCGGAAGGCCCUCCUCUUCGCCCGACUAGUCGUCUAUGGCUUCCGGUACGGAUUCUCCCUCCUGGGACGCAUCCUGUCCGAGAAGGUGGCCGCCCUGACGACACGGACGCCAGCGGCAAACCCACCAAUCGACCCAUCCGAGGUGAAGAACAUCGUCGUCGUCGGCGCUGCCUUCGCGGGCUACUUCGCGGCGCGCUUCCUCGCGGGCUCGCUGCCCAGGAACGGCCGGUACCGGGUCGUGGUGGUCGAGCCCCACAGCCACUUCCACUUCACGUGGGUGCUCCCGCGCUUCUGCGUCGUCGAGGGCCACGAGCACAAGGCGUUCAUCCCCUACACGCCGGCCUUCUUUGCUCGCGGGCCCAAGGGUAUGGUGCGCUGGGUGCGAGACCGCGUCACGUCGGUGCAGAGGGGAUAUGUUAUUCUCCGCAGCGGCGAGCAGAUCCCCUAUGAGUUCCUCAUCAUCGCCACGGGAUCCACGGUGGGCAAUAGUACUAGCGAAGGGCUGCCGUCUCGAGUCGGGUCCGAGGACAAGGAAAAGGGCGUCGAGCUGCUGAAGGCGAUGCAGGCGCGGAUUAAGGCGGCUACCCGCAUCGUCGUCGCGGGUGGGGGUGCCGCUGGCGUGGAGCUGGCCACGGACGCCAAGGACCAGUAUCCGGACAAGUCGGUCACCCUGGUGCACUCGCGGCAGGCUGUAAUGCAUCGCUUUGGGGCCGGCCUGCAGAAGGCGACAAUGGAGGCGCUGGAGAGGUUGGGCAUCGAAGUCGUACUCGGCGAGAGGGUGGACCUUGGUAGUGUGGACGGGGAGUCCAUCACGCUCAGCUCCGGGCGGAGGAUCGAAUGCGAUUGUUUUAUCAACUGCACGGGACAACGGCCCGCAUCCGGUCUCAUCGCCAAUGUAGCACCCCAAGCCAUCUCCCCUUCGGGCCAUAUCCGAGUCAAGCCGACGCUCCAGAUCGACGACGACUCACUCCCCAACGUCUUCGUAUGCGGCGAUGUGGCCGAGACGGGCGCACCAAAUCCGAACGGGAGACUCGCCAUGCGCCAGGCCGAGAUCGCCUCGGACAACGUCGUCCUCAUGGUACGGGGCAAGGAGCCAAAAUACACGUACACGCCGGCCUGGGGUGACGGAGUCAUCAAGUUGACGCUGGGUUUAGACCGGUCCAUCACGCAUUUCUGGGACGGCGAGUCGGAGCUGCUGUUCCCUACCAAGGACCACGACAUCGCGCUGGCCGUCGGCCGGGCGUGGUCUGGCAUCUCGGCUAAGCCAUUCCACGACACGGGCGUCCAUGAUACGCCGGCGGAGAAGAGGGUGUAUUAG